AUGGCACGCGGUAGUGUGGCGGCGCGCGGGGCGCGCGGUAUUGUGACUGCCCGCGGAGUGCGCGGUGUUGUAGCGGCCCGUGGAGCGCGCGGAGUUGUGGCGGGAGGGACGCGAGGCCGUGGACCUGCUACGCGUGGUGGCCGGCAAAAUGCUGACUCGUUUGUUGAAUGUGGCGAAAGCACCGCCUCAUCCCCUAGGGCGGGCCCAUUAGGGAUGGGAACGUCACAGGCUGGCCCAUCAAUGGUGGGUAUUGUAGAUGGCAUUGAUGGGCCACCAUCAAAGCGCCGGCGCCGGCUGAUACCAAGUGCAGCAGCAGCAUCGGCAGCUUUUGUCCGCGGCUAUGCCACGGAUAAUGAGAUUGCGGAUUUCCUCUGCAAUAGCAGUGAAGAUGAGGACGACGAAGACCCGGAAUACGGGGAGGUUGGUCCCCUGCCCGUAUUACUUUCACGGUCGGAGAGAAUGUUUCUUGGAGAGGAAGCAGAUGAAGUCCCACCCACAGGUAUUUAA